UUCUCAUUUAAACACAAAGACACACCCCCAUCUGUAUGCACACAAGCCACCUGCAUCUAAACAGACCAAACAGCCAGCUUCUGUGGAACUACACCACUUCAUCUCUCCAUACACCGGGGCUCUCUCUCAGUCUCUCUGGUCAUGAGUAUCUACAGGAAACCAGGGUCCAGCUUCAGCAGCCGGUCAGUGGGCUCAGCUCCUUAUCUUGGAUCACAGAUACCCCGUCAGGGUAACUCCUAUUUUGGCUUUGCGGAUAUGUCAACGAUUGGGGUUCCCAUCAAAGCAGUGUCCAUUAACAGGAGUCUAUUAACUCCAAUGAGUGUCCAGCUGGACCCCACACUACAGGCUCUGCGAAUCCAAGAGAAAGAUCAGAUCAAAGCUCUCAACAAUCGCUUUGUCUCCCUUAUCGACAAGGUGCGUAAACUGGAGCAAGAAAACAAGAUGCUGGAGACUAAGUGGCAGCUGCUACAGAACGAUUCUAAACCCGAGUCUAAACUUGAUCAGAUGUUGGAGUCUUACAUCAGAUCUCUGAGAGCACAGCUGGACCUUGUGAAGAAUGACAAGCAACACCUGGACAUAGAUCUUAAAAAUGCUCGCGUGCAGGUGGAGGAAGAAAAGCAAAGGUUUGAAGAUGAAAUCAACCAUCGAAACAGAUCUGAAAGCGAGUUUGUUCUUCUGAAGAAGGAAGUUGACUCAACUUACUUAUGUAAAAGAGCCAUGGAAGAUAAAAUUGCAGGACUCCAGGGGGACCUGAACUUUUUAAGGAGCUUCCAUGAGCAGGAGCUCCGUGAGCUGCAGGCUGAAGUAAAAGACAUGUCUAUCGUGGUGCAGAUGGACAACAGCAGGCAGCUGGACAUGGAGAAGAUCAUUGCUGAUGUAAAGAGCCAGUAUGAGGAAAUAUCAACACGCAGCCGUCAAGAAGCUGAGUCCUGGUAUAGGAGCAAGUUUGACUUGAUCUCCUCACAAGCCGAUCAGUACAAAACUGAGCUGGGCAAUAAUAAAAGCACAAUUGCUGAUUUGAAAAGACAGAUUAAGAGACUGCAAAGUGAGAUAAACUCAGCUGUAUCACAGCGUGGCAGCGUGGAGGGGGACAUCAAAGAGGUGGAGCGUAAUGGAGGGGAGGCGGUGCUUGAUGCGAAACAGCGAAUCAAAAUGCUGGAAGAGGCACAUCUGAAAGCCAAACAGCACAUGGCCAAACAGCUUCGUGACUACCAGGAUCUGAUGAAUGUCAAACUGGCUCUGGAUGUAGAGAUCGCCACCUACAGGAAACUACUGGAAGGAGAAGAGAGCAGGCUUGAAUUCAAUGUAAACAUCUAUCCAGUUCAUAAACGCCUAUAAACAUCAACAAUCUGACCUGUGUACACAUUUACUCAACGGAUCCUCAGUGACACAAUCUCUGGUUUUUCCUCCUUGCGGGGUGAUGACAUCAGAGAUCCAAUAACAGAGAACAGAAGAAGAAAA